GAAACCUGGACUUCAACAAGUAAUGCCUGUAUAUCCUAUGGCUGUAUCAAGUCAAAUGGACAGAUUUAUUCUACACUUAUGAACAAGACAUGCAAUUCUUUGACGUCACAGGAAUGUGGAAGUGGCACCUUUCAACUAAGUGCAGAUGGAUGUUGCAACAAAUGCAUACCUCCCAAACCCUGCAGAGUAGUGAAUAACAACACAAUGCUGAGGGCAUAUGGCUGUGAGCUUCAAGAGAAUGUUCCAUAUUGUGAUGGUGUUUGCAUUUCAAAGCCAGCUCCCAUGUUAUCUUCAGGCAAAGACAGGCCAUGUUUGUGUUGUGGUAUACAGAAGUCAUAUUUAAGAACAGUGAAACUAAAUUGUCCUAAUGGAAAAACAUAUAACUACAAAUAUGAUUACAUUGAACAAUGUGGCUGUGACGCUUUGAUGUGCAAGUAUUCAUAGGUUUUGAGAUGUUUACUAAAGAAGAAAUGCAAAUGAAUACAACAAUUAUGCUGCUUGAUGCUUUUUAUACAUUUCCUAUUCUUUAAGCUACUUUUUUGAAAGGUCUUAGGUUGAUUUUAAAGUUUUGGCUGUUUUACUAUACUGCAUCAUACAAGCAUAGUCUACUGUGUGUGCCUUCAGUGUUUGUAAUGCAUACUUCAGCAAACUCCUUCACAUGGUUGCAGAUUCACCUUUCUCCAAAGCUUUUAGACUACUUUUUAUGUAAUUAUCUCCAUGUGAUCCUGAAAUUAACAAAACCUUACCAUUGCCUAACUAUUAUAAUUGGUAACAGCUAGUGAUCUGUGAUUAGGUAAGCAUUUACACUACAUACAUAGUAAAAUAUGAAUAGUUUCAGAUUUUAGAUUACUAAUUAAUCAAAACAAACUACAAUAUAUAAACAUGUACAAUUUUGCAAGCA